GCAGUUUCAGGAGCAAUCAUUAUCAAACUAGUUGAUUUUCCUGCCAUCCCUUUAGCCUCUUUCAGAUUUAAAGACUUUGGAGAGAUUCUGGCUGGAAACUACAGGAAUGAUCUGCUCAUAGAUGUCAUUGGAGCUUUCCAAGAUAUUACUAAUACAAAUAAAAAGGGAACAAUCAUAAGAUCAGUCACUUUUCUUCUUAAGGAUGCUAGGUGGUUUUUAGUUAAACUUAUUAAUUUAUCCAUAUUCUAAGUAUAUACCAACUUUAUUUGAUAUCAUGCGUAUAAAUACAGUGGCCUAAUGAUUCAUGCCACACUUUGGGAUGAGUCUGCAAAGCAAUUCUUUGAUGCUUUUAGCCAGGCAAAUGGACCUGAAACAAUCUUCAUUGUUCUCAAGCAUGUGAGGGCUAGAGAAGCACAAGGUAUUUAUCCUUUGUGUGUCACCAAUACCUGGUCUGGAACUAAGGUCAUAAUCAAUGCUGAGAUUCCUGAAAUUGCUGAGUUUAAGACUAGAUUUGCAGAACUUCCAAUUGAUGAUGUCAAUGCAAGCCAACAAUUGUCACAACUUACCCAAGGAUCUCAGAUGACUCAACAAGGGGAUAUCAUGAAUAAGGCUCAUUUUCUCACUCUUUCUGAGGUCAAUCAUGUGAUGCAUGAAACCAUUUGUGUAACUAUUGCUGAAAUAAAAAAGAUCAAUGCCAACAAAUAUGGAUGGAUCUAUGAUGGAUGCAAUUUUUGUACUAAAGGUGUGAGGAUGGAUAAUGGCCAACUCAAAUGUAGAGGAAACCAUAUUAAUGAUGAAGCAAAACCCAGAUUUAGGGUUGAGGUUGAAGCUGUUUACAAGAAUGAUAAGGCAAAGUUUUUGUUAUGGGAAAAUGAUGUUGCAUCCAUCAUGGGAAUGUCUGCUCAGGAGCUGAAAGAACAGUUGGUUGAGGUUAACAUUUUCCAUUACUUCUAA